AUGUUUCUGGCAAAGGCGAUCCUGGAAGGGGCCGAUCGGGGUCUUGGGGGGGCUCUGGGAGGCCUUCUUGGAGGAGGUGGUCAUGGAGGAGGAGGAGGAGGAGCCGGAGGCAACAUCGGAGGGAUCAUUGGAGGGAUUGUCAAUUUUAUCAGCGAGGCUGCUGCAGCUCAGUAUACCCCCGAGCCGCCUCCCCCGCAGCAGCGGCAUUUUACCACGGUGGAGGCCUCGGAGAGUGAGGAGGUCAGGCGGUUUCGGCAACAGUUUGCACAGCUGGCUGGACCCGACAUGGAGGUGGGCGCCAGUGACCUGAAGAAUAUUCUCAACAAAGUUCUUGCGAAGCACAAGGACCUGAAGACGGACGGCUUCAGCCUUGACACUUGCAGGAGCAUUGUGGCUGUCAUGGACAGCGACACGACCGGGAAGCUGGGCUUUGAGGAGUUUAAGUACCUGUGGAAUAACAUCAAGAAAUGGCAGUGUGUCUUCAAGCAGUACGAUAGCGACCACUCCGGCGUUCUCAGAAGCUCCCAGCUGCACGGGGCUGUGCAGGCUGCAGGCUUCCAGCUUAACGAGCAGCUCUACCUCAUGGUAGUCCGCCGCUAUGCGGACGAGGACGGCAGCAUGAAUUUUAACAACUUCAUCAGCUGCCUGGUCCGGCUGGAUGCCAUGUUCCGCUCAUUCAAGGUUCUGGACCGCGAUGCGGAUGGCCUGAUUCAGGUGUCCCUCCGAGAAUGGCUGCAGCUGACCAUGUAUUCCUGA